AAAAAAAUCACAGGUAGAGAGUUUACCUGGACAUUGGAGUAAUCACUACAGUACCUACAGUAUGAUGAUGAUGAUGAAACAGCUUACAUUGAUUCUGCCGUGCUUGGCUCUUUGUAUUGAUGCAGUGUUUGCACAGUGCAAUUUGGCUGGUCAGUGGAAGAAUGACCUGGGCUCUAAUAUGACAAUAUCUGAUGUUUCAACAAAUGGGAUGUUCUCAGGCAGUUAUCUGACAGCUGUAUCUGCCACCAAUAAGACCAUCGUGGUAUCACCUCUUAUCGGAUAUCAGCAAUUAGAUGAGCUUUCAACAUUUGGGUUUACUGUGAAAUGGGAGUUUACAGAUUCUAUUACAGUGUUCACAGGUCAGUGCUUUAUAAAUGAAAAAGGAGACAGAGUUCUGCAAACUAUGUGGCUGUUGAGAUCACUAAGUGAGAAUCUUCAGGAUAACUGGAAGCAAACAAGAGUUGGGUACAAUAUAUUUUACCCAUUGCCCGGAACAUCUUCAGUAAAGGAUUACUCACCAGUUCCCAGACAAUGAAAAGCAUGAAUGUGAAAACAGUGGCAUAUAUAUCAUUUUUUGUUAACAAAACAAUUGCAAUAUUAAACAAUGAUAUAGAGGUUAUAUAUAUUAUUGUGCUCUGUAACAAACACAUAAUUAUUCAGGUAUUUAUAAAUAAGCAAAGAACUAAAAUGUAUACAGGGAAAACUAUAAAAUAAAGUAUUGAGCAAAGGCUGUGAACACUUAUGUACAUGUGAUUUCGUUUUUUCAUUUUAAGAAAUUAGCAAAAAUCUAAAAAAAACUUUUUCACGUUGUCAAUAUGGGGUAUUGUGUGGAAAAUUUUGAGGGGAAAAAAUUAAUUUAUUCCAGUUUGAAAUAAGGUUGUAACAUAACAAAAUGUGGAAAAAGUGAAGCGCUGUGAAUACUUUCCGGAUGCACUGUGUGUGUGUAAUAUAUAUAUAUAAAAAGAAAAAGUGACAGCACUCAAACCGUAGUCAUAAAUGAAUAAAUGGUUCAAGACAGUAAGAUAACAUAGAGGUACUCGCUUUUCCAGCUCAUUGGAAAAACCAAAACAAGCCAGCACUCACGAUUUAGAUGAAGAAACGAAGAAGAUUUAUUCCAUAUCAAGGCAACAUGUGUACAUACAGGCACAGCCCGACAGCUGUUUCAACCAACAUAGGUCUUCCUCAGGGGCUACAAGAGCUGCUACACGCUGUGCCUGGUGGCCACACACACUACUGAGCCUCAUUUUGACUUGUUUUAAGGACAUUACAUCAAAGUUGGAUCAGCCUGUAAUGUGUUUUUCCACUUUCAUUUUGAGU